GAAAGUAUGAAUGUGGCUGUGAGCUCUAUAAAAAGAUUACCCUUAGUCCUCUACCUAACACACCAGUCACCACCAAGCCAUCAUGAUCCCAACCAGCUCUUUGAUGCAACUGGGCUAUCUCUGGCUCGUGGUUUUAGUGCUAGCCACUCGCAUCACAUCCCAAACGCUGGUCAAGUCCUUACCUGGUUAUCCGGGCCUCCUUCCUUUCAAACUCGAAACCGGGUAUAUUGGAGUGGGAGAAAAUGAUACGGUGCAGCUAUUUUACUACUUCGUGGAGUCGGAAGGGAACCCCGCCGAAGACCCGCUCGUUAUCUGGCUGGCUGGAGGCCCGGGGUGUUCCGCACUCCGAGCCUUCUUUUUCGAAAUCGGAAGAACGGAUCAUUACGGAGCUCAGGAAAAUUAAAGAAGAUUAACCCUCGUAUUUGAAACAUAAACCAAAUUAAUUAACUCUAAAAUUAGUUCUGUGGUUCUUCAGAAAGAUAUUUAAAAUUGACGUGACAAUUAUAAGAGGAUAAAACUCAAGACAUAUGACGAAAAGAAUUAUUAGAGGAAUAAAGGUCUUUCUGAUUUUUUGUUAGUUUCUAUCAAUAUAUUUUUUUAAAUGAAAACGCUUGUUUCGACUCUAUUAAUUCAAUAAUUCUAAAUUAAUUACCAUUGCUCAGAUUUAAACCUGAGACCUCAUCUCUAAAAGGCAUAAGCCGUCUAACAAGCGGCGGAUCUAGAAAAAUUCUUAUAGGCCAAUGUUUAAAAAAAGGGGUAACGAAAUUAAAAAAACGUCAAAAUUUUCCAAAAUUUACACUACCGUAAAAGUGUCAAGGAGUUGCAGGGGCUACCCCUGUUUAUUAGCUAUAUCCGCCCCUGCUACCAAGUGGGCUAGCCCCACAUUGACUCAAUUUAUUUAACGGAAAGUAAAAAACAACAGGUCACACAUUAAGCUUUAUUAUUUGGGGGAAGGUUCAUUUGAGAAGAAAAAUUAAUUGAGAAGAAAAAGAACAAAAGGGUAAUUUUGUAAAACAUUGAAUAGUUUUUUUCACUUAUCUCAUUUAUUAUCCUUUCUGACUAAAUAAUUAGUCAUAAAGACUAUUAUCCUCCACACUAACUUUUUUUUGCCUACACACAUCAAAAUUUAUCCUACAUAUUUCGAAAUUCACCCUACAUGUUGAAAUUCAUCCUACACAACUUGUAAUUUAUCCUACACAACUCGUAAUUUAUCCUACACUUUAAAUUAUUUUAUUUUAUUUUAUUGAAAAAAAUAUAUAUUUUGAAGAUAAGUUACAAAAUAUUUAAUGUAGUUAGCUAUUAAAGAGAAAGACUACAAAUUAAUGAACUAUGUAGAUUUACCAAUGUACCCUUAUAGUAACAUUAAAUACUUAUAUUAAAUGAAGUUAAAUAAAACAUUCUUAUUGGUUGAAAUUUCUUCUUUUUUUCUUCUUACAAAAAAUUUCUUCUCAUUUGAACUCUCCACUUAUUAUUUGAUUAUUAACUAAAUAAAUAAUGUCUUACUAAACCAAACAUAAAAUUAAUGAUUAAAAGCAAAUAACCUCUAGCUCAAGUGAUAGGACUUCAGUUCUUCUUUAAAAGACUCAAGUUCAAUUCUCAUUUGGUGCAAAAAAGGAGUAAGGCACUGGUGGGCAGUGAUAGGAGACUCAGGGAAACCUGUGUUCGAUCCUUGAGCCAAACGGGUUUUACUGGUAAUUUACUGUUGUGCCUACGGGCGGGUGCGGGUUUCCCCGGAAUUGGCGGUGGACCACUCGGGUUACUCUCGGAGUACUCCGUUUGUCCGGUCCUAUGCAGUUUCAGUAUGGGGAAUACAGGGACGACGUACCGGCCCUAACAUUCAACCCCAACUCAUGGACAAAGGUGGCAAAUGUGAUAUAUUUGGACGCCCCGUCGAUAACAGGAUUUUCAUACGCAAAAACAGCCGAGGCUAUGAUAUCGAGUGAUACAUUAUCGGCGUCUCAUACCGCAACAUUUUUAAGGAAGUUUGUUAGGGACCAUCCAAAGUUCAUAAACAAUACAAUAUACGUUGCUGGAAUAUCAUAUUCCGGCAUCGUAGUUCCAAUGGUUACUGAAGAGAUAUAUAAAGGCAAUGAUGCAGGAUUAAAGCCUACUCUAAAUAUCAAAGGCUAUUUGGAAGGAAACCCGUUAACAGAUAAAACUGAAGAUGUAAACUCUAGAGUUGAAUUCGCUUAUCGCAUGGCUCUUAUAUCCUAUGAAUUGUUUGAGUCUACAAAAAAUAACUGCAAUGGAGAGUAUGCAAACUGUAAUCGAAACAAUCUACGAUGCAUGGCAGAUAUCACUGAGGUCAACAAACGUGUCGAAGAUAUAAACAUCCAACAAAUUUUGGAUCCCGAUUGUGAUUCGAAGACCAAUCUGGUAAGAGGUGUAAAUCCGACAACACAUGCAAGUAGGCGGUAUCUUCGACAGAAUGAAAUUAGAAUGAUCCCAACACGACAAUCGCUCAAGGGUGUCUUUUGUCGAGGUGACUUAUACAAGUAUGCAACGAUAUGGGCAAAUAGUAAAAACGUUCAAAAGGCGCUUCAUGUAAGCAAGGGUACAGUAAAAGAGUGGACGUUAUGUAACACUGAUAUGACCUACAACUAUGGCGAACCGUCAAUGCCGGCUUACAAUUUCAACGUCCAAAAUAGUGUAGUCUACCAUGCAAAUCUAACAAAGAGAAAUUGCCGGGCUUUAGUUUUCAGUGGUGAUCACGAUAUGAUGGUACCACAUGUGGGCACCCGUAAAUGGAUACUUUCUCUAAACUUGACGAUCACUGAUAGCAACUGGGAGGCAUGGUAUGUCAAUAGUCAAGAAGCAGGCUACAAAACCACAUAUGCCCGUGACGAUUAUUCUUUAGUUUUUGCAACCGUGAAGGGGGCAGGUCACACCGCUCCAGAGUUCAAGCCCGAAGAAUGCUAUGAAAUGGUUAAGAGAUGGUUUGUUCAGGCACGUCUUUGAUGCCUUAGUUGGAAAACGUCGAGCAAAGCUCACGAGUAGGUUGGUUUGCAUAUGUAGGCAGAUUUGUGAUAACAUUUUGUGCAAGUGACUAUAUGGUAGUCUAUUGGCUUUCUCUUCUAAUUUGAAAAGGUAUAAAAUUACCUUAGAAAUUUGGCCGUGUAUAUGUAGACCAUUGAUUCAUUCAGUUUAUUCCAAGUUGAGGAGAAAUAGGUUCCACAA